UCUUGUGGUUGCCUGCUUAGCAUAAAAAGAUCCGUCACUAUUAGUUGCAUAGCAUUUGUGUGAUCGGCAUACAAGGUAACAGUGAGUACGGGAAGACUCAGAAUUUUGUAUUCCAUUAACACAACGAAGAGAUGGAAAUAAGUAACAUAACGACAGUCGUUAAAACAGUAUUUCUUUCAGCAAUGAGUUUUCUUAAAGUUGUAGUUUUUGUUCUUCUGGUCGCUGGGUCUAAAAGCCAAGGUACUCAACAUGUGGUGUUGUCUUGCGGGAGUGGUAGUACAGAACAAAAAGGAGAGCCUGGGCCUCCUGGUAAACGAGGACCCGUGGGUGGAAAUGGUUUACUUGGGCCUGUGGGCCCGAAAGGCGAGCAGGGGCAUUGUGACCCGACCUGCAGGUCAGAGUACAAUGUUUUAAGUGAGAAGGUGCAACGGUUGGAAAGAUUAAUGGAAGUUUAUUCAUUGCCGACAAGUUGCAAGCAAGCUUUGCUAAUGGGACGAAACGAAAGCGGGAUUUACGAGAUAUAUAACCGAGGGAACAGACAAUCUUUGGAAGUUUACUGCGAUCAAACCACAGACGGUGGCGGCUGGCUGGUUUUCCAACGAAGAACGGACGGGUCUGAAAACUUCUACCGAACUUGGGCAGAAUAUCGACAGAAAUUCGGGAAUCUGAGCAACGAAUUUUGGCUGGGUUUGAAUUUAAAAACAAUGAAUUACGAAAAAUUCCUUAGUAAUAUUUUUUUAAACAUAUUUUUUAAAGGUAUGGAAAAUCUCCAUUCUUUAACGUCUUCUGGACUUUACGAACUGAGGGUUGACUUAAAAGAUUGUGCAGACGUUUGGAAAUACGCCAAGUUUAGCUCGUUUUCGAUCGCUUCAGAAGAACAACUUUAUAGAUUGUCAGUGUCCGGGUAUUCCGGGACCGCUGGAGAUUCCUUGAGCCAUCAUAACAAUCGCCCCUUUACUACGAAGGACCAAGACAAUGAUUCCUCCGGAGGAAAUUGUGCGGUCAUAGAGCAGGGUGCUUGGUGGUACGGGGCUUGCUAUCACUCAAAUUUAAACGGGGCAUAUUUGAAUUGCCAAACCAGCACCGAUCAAGCUGCGAGUUGGGCCCUUUUCCAUGGAACAAAAUAUUCUCUGGAGUACAUAGAGAUGAAAUUCAGACCCGUGUAAUACUUAAAAUUCAAUCUUUUUUGUACAAACGAAAAAUAUAGCGGGGUGUAGUAAGAUGCGCUCUUAUAUGUUUUCAACCUCUUUUUUCGUUGGGUAUAGUAAAGAAAAUACCUACAAAGUUAUAAAUACCCGUAUACGCGCGAAUCUAAAAGAACGUUGUUAAUUGUUUUUCACGAUCAGAAAAUAUGAAAUAUAAGGUGCUAACGCUUUCUAAUGGGCUACGAUUUUAUUAACUAAACUUUUUAGUAUAUGCUUAAAUGGUGUGUAAUUACCAAGUUUUAGCAGAUUAUUAAAAACAAAGUGUUUGGCUUAAAGCUUUGAACAUUAAUACAAAUACAUCCAGAUCCAGUAUUCCUUUUGGUGCACCUAACCAUAUUGCAUAAAAUGAAUAUCUUUAUACUAACCCAUGGAAGUCAUAACCGUUGUAUAUUCACAAUCUAUCUGCCAUGGUAGUUAUUACAUCCCGUGGCCAAGUAUUUGCUACCAAGCUAAUAAAUAAGCGCCGUAUACUCAA